AUGGGAAGCUUUCAGAAGGCCAAAUUUAAGACUUCAAGACUGGUGUGGGAAGUUAAUACAAGCACAAAAGCUAAACAAAUGAAAGAAUUAAUCACCUUACCAGAAAUAAGUAGGCGUUUAGAGGGGAGUUGUUUGAAGAACAGGAGGUGGUCACAGGAGCAAGGGGAGAUUGAAUGGAGAGCUUGGGUUACACUGGCACAAGGUUGGACUAAGAUAGUCUGCUUACUGAACUCUGAGGAUUUUGUGCACAAACUAAAUGAUGAAUAUGUUUUUCCAUCUUCUAUUUGUAAUGUGGCCUCGGACGUAGCAUCCUGGACCAGGACGACCCUGAACAUAAGUUGGGGAGUCUCUGUUGGAGGCUCGUCUAGGAGUAUGCAUGAGUUUGCAAGUUGA